GCAACUUAGCUACAGUACAUUUAAGUCGUUCCGCAGACGCCCAUAACCAUAAUUUACACAAUAGUGAAAUCUCCUUUCAGUAAAUUAAUAAAGCUCCUUAUUCUAUUAAUCAAACCUUGCCUGUAGGACAGCAAUGAGUACAGAGAUGGUUUCCUCACUCCUAAAUCAGGAGCCUGUGGACAGUUCUACUGGGUCCACUGGUCGGGGGGCAGUUCCAGUGGACCAUCUGGACUAUGGGUACAUUGAGAAAUGCACAGACGCCAAGUACCUGGGGAAGAUUCUGACAGUGCUCCGGUCUGGUGAGGAGGGAAUAUAUCCCCAUCUUAUUGAAUUCUGUGAGAGUCACCUGGAGAAACUGGACCCUAAGAGCCGGGCCCUCAGAAAGGAGAAUCCUCCAGCCACUGCCUUUAGCUUCUCUAGAGAUGAAUGGCUGGAGAUCACUGAUGAACUCGAGAAGUGGGAGAAAAAUGUCAAAAUGAGUGAAAAGGAGCUGAAACAGCAGUCACUAUUUCAUGAUACUGAAAAUGAGAAUGUUCCCCCAGUUCGUGGCUCAGGUUGUUCUAUUCCUUCCAGUCAGAAUGCAGCUUCACGUAGAGAGAAGACAACUGCCAGGAAGAUUGUUCCUAGGGAUUAUAAGGAGUGGGACAUGUUUGAUGUGGACAAGGAGUGUGAUAAAAUUGAUGGCAAUGAAACAAAAAAGGAUGCCCCAACCGUCAUCAAUUCUGGACAUCCAAAAAUCAGGAGCAAAAUGGAUACAACAGCUCUGAGCCAGCAGGAGAAAGUCAUUGUCGCCAGCCGAGAGAAGGACAAAGGCAAUGAGGCUUUUAAGGCCAACGACUAUGAAGAGGCAGUGGCGUAUUAUACAAGGAGCCUGUCCGUCGUGCCGACGGUGGCGGCCCACAACAACCGAGCCCAGGCAGAGAUCCGACUGCAGCGUUGGCACAAUGCUCUCAGCGACUGCCAGGCUGUACUGGAGAUGGAGUCCGGCAAUAUGAAAGUAGUUGUGUGCGUUUCAGCUCUGCUACGCAGGGCCACGGUGCUGAAACAGCAGGGAAACUAUCAGAAGGCUGCUGAAGACCUGAGAAAUGUGCUGCAGGCUGAACCCCAGAAUGCCACAGCCACUGGACUCCUGGUUGAAGUGGACAAGAAACUGAACGAGUGUCAGCCAGAAAAGGAACAAAAAAGCAAGAAGAUCCUCAUUCAGGAAUUGGAGGAUGAGGUUAAUAACGAGGAUGAUGAUGCUCGUCCGGUCGAGCCCAGCCAAGCUGUCGGAGGGGAGAGCGCUGCCGUUGCUCCUACCGAGAGGGGAGUCAUGGGGAACACUCAGAAGAAACCCCACGGCAGAGCGGGCAACGGGGGCCCUAGCCCGCACGCCGACCACGACUCACACGGAGGACCCAGGAGAGGCCGGGGAUGCAACGCGGACAAGUACAAGGUGAACCAGCAGGAGUCAACGGCCUCGGACAAGGUUCUGUCGAACGGAGCUCAGGGCUCUGGCAGGAGUGGGUCCAUGGGAGCGGAACCGGCUGGUAAAGACGGAAGUAAUCUUGACGCCCCUUGUGGGGCCCUGCCCCCACCGCUGGCUCGGAUGAAGAACGAGGGAAACCUGCUCUUUAAGAACGGACAGUUUGCCGACGCACUGGGGAAAUACUCGCAGGCCAUUACCGGCCUCACGGACUCAGGGGUGGACAGUCCUGAGGACCUGUGUAUCCUGUACUCUAACAGAGCCGCCUGCUACCUGAAGGAUGGAAACAGCUCUGACUGUAUACAGGACUGCACCAGAGCUUUGGAGCUGCAUCCUUUCUCCCUGAAGCCCCUCCUCCGCAGGGCCAUGGCUUAUGAGACCAUGGAGCGCUACCGGCAGGCCUACGUGGAUUACAAGACCGUGCUGCAGGUUGACAUCGGGGUGCAGGCAGCCCAUGAUAGUGUCAACAGGAUAACGCGGUUGCUGAUAGAUCAGGAUGGAGAGCAGUGGAGAGAGAAGCUGCCUGAGAUCCCCCUGGUUCCUCUGUCAGCUCAGCAACACCGCCGAGAGGAACCGCCCAGCGCCGAGGCUCUACAGGCCAGGGCAGAGAAGGCCAAGCAGGAUGCAGCUAGAAAAGCUGAAAUGCGUUUCAAUUCACUGAAACAAGAAGGAAAUGAGUUUGUGAAGAAAGCCCAGUUCCAGGAGGCACUGGAGAAGUACAGUGAAUGCCUUAAGCUGAAACCAGAGGAAUGUCCCAUCUAUACAAACAGAGCCCUGUGCUUCCUAAAGCUGGAACGGUUUGCUGAAGCCAAGCAGGACUGUGACUCUGCCCUGAAGCUGGAGCCAACCAAUAAAAAGGCCUUCUAUAGACGGGCCUUGGCCAAUAAAGGGCUCAAGGACUACAUGGCGUGCAGCUCUGACCUGCAGGAGGUACUCCAGCAGGACCCCAACGUAGCAGAGGCUGAGAAGGAGCUGGAGGAGGUCACUCUGUUGCUCAGACAAAGCCUGGCCCAGGCAUCACCUAGCAACAAACACAGGAGGACUGUUCCUAUUACUGAGGUUGAGGGACCUGAUGAUGGAGCAGAGGCCGCCAGGUCCAAAGCUGAGAAAGGAGGGGCAGAACCAUCAUUAGCCGCCGCGGAGAACCACUGCAGAGGAGAGGACGCACUGACCACCAAUCUACAGCCCACCAACGCCUGUCAGUUCAACCAGUCGCUGAGCGCGGCGCGGCUGCGACCCGACCUCCUGGCCGGCGCCCAGCUGCUGCGCCACGUGCCCCCAGAGACCGUGCCCGUGUACGUGGGUAACCAACUGGACGGACACACGCUCAGCUUCAUCAUUCAGGUUCUGGACACACAGCUUCUGGAGGAAGAACCCCAUCUGGUCUACCAGCACCUCAACCACCUCCACACCACUGACAGAUUCUCAGUUGUACUGAUGCUGCUUGGGGAGGAGCAGCGAGCCCAGAUGACCCGGCUGUUUGAGCGCCUGUCCACGGUGGACAGUGGCGCGUUCAGUCGGAACGAUGUUCAGAACCUGGCCAACAAAUACAUCUAACCUGGAGCUGGUCCGGCCUGUCCGCGCACUUCCCCAAUGGCACCCUGCCCACUUUGUAGUUCACCACUGUUGAUCAGGGUCCACGCAGAGCUUCGGUGAACAGUAGGGCACUAUGCAGGGUUUGGGGUGCCGUUUGGGAGUCCGUCCUGGCUGCCCUUCCUUGUCCUGCAUGUAGCUCCAUCAGAACCAUCGGAUCUAUGCAACGUGGCGCAAGAACACAGUCGGGAAGCUGCAGAAUGUGCCCAGAGCAAUAUUAUGGAACCUGGCGAACAUUUUCUUUAUCUUGUGUUCUCUUGAUAUAAUUUCACGUUUAUAUCUGCCACCAGUAUGUAUUUUCUCUCUCCAAAUACCUUUUUUUUGCUGAGAAUAUUUUUGUAUCUUUAACUGUUUUUAGCAUUACUUGAUUGAUCGGCAGUGUGUAUGAAAUGUUCUGGACUAUUUAACUUUCAGUACAUCGGCACACAUGGGCCAAUGUACCAGAGGUCAGCAACCAUUCCCAUCUGGUUGGUUCCUGUUCUAUGACCAGGAAAACCAUUCUAAUCACAGGAAACCAAUCAGUGUAUAACCACUUACAGGCUGCUUGGAGGGGCACAAAAAACAUUACUUGCACUGGGCUCUAAAGAAAUGGUAAAGAAAUUCUAGCUGGAGGACUUGAAUUGACACAGUCAGCAUUGGUUCUGGGGUUAUUCAGUUUCAGUACCACUACAGUGAAAUGUUACUACUGCUUUUUAUCCUGAAAUUGAAAAGAAAUGUAUGCAUGCUGCAUUUCAAGAUAUUAACCAAACGUGAAACAUUCCAUAAGGACUAUUUAAUUUGGGGUUCAGGGUAGAUUUUCUUUAUUGAGAAACACUACAUAUGGCAGUAGUUUGGCGGUUGUCUUUCAUAAAUAACCAUGUAGUAUGAAAAUGCUAAAGUUAAUAAUUCAAAUAACUUAAUUCUGGUCUUAUAUAGAUGGUAUUCUGCCAAUUAUAAUGUAUCUUUCAAAAACAAUAUAGAGAAACACUGGCUAAUUGUAUUGCCUAAAUACUGUACCGUUUAAAAACGUCCUUAACCAGAAGUUAUGAAAAUGCCCCUUCAUUUGAAUACCAAAUACAUCCCAGUCAGUGAGUAAUCUGACAUGCAGCCAGACUCACAGUGAGAAAGACACCAGUAUAUUGGUGAGGUGUGCCUUUGGAGUUCAGCAUUUGGAUCUAGACUAUUUGUUUUGCGAGUUCACAUUAUUUCCGACGUAUGUUCAGUUCGUAAGGAAAGAGUAUAUUUAAGACAUUUGAAUUGGUUACGGUCAAAAAUGUACUUUGUUCUUCUUCAACCUCUUAACAUAAGAAUGAAUGUACCAUGUUGAAUUCAGGGAGACAAGUGGAAUGGACAGGAAUCUGUUCCAGCCCAAAGCAAUAGCUGUGUGGUCAGCAGCCUAACAGCUCGGGGGUGGGCGCUUGAUUUUACUAUUCUAUUCCAGUAGCUUUGCAAAGAGAUGUACAAAUGUGUUUUAAAUAAGUUAAGAUUUAAGUUGUUAUUUAACAAUAAACAGGGAUAAAUAUACUUUAUAAAGGCUUAUUUCUCUAUAAUACUAUACAAUAUAAAUUACGAUUGUAAAUAUGUUGUGGAAAACUGCAGUUGAAUAAAACAGAUGACUAUAAGUGGA